AUGGCGACGGUCGCAGACGAUGUGAUGUCUGCUGCCAGCUGGGGCAGCAGAGUGGGAGCCAUGGUGGUUCUGUUGUGCAUGGGAUUGCUAGGAGCAUAUAUCCCUCUGGCUUUGCGCCAGUGCAAACUGAACACGUUUAUUGGCAUUCUCAACACUUUCGCCGGAGGUGCCUUUCUCGGUUUGGCUGUCUUCCACAUCAUGCCUGAGGCCGCGGAGCACAUUGAGACAGCAGACUUGUUUCUUGAAGUCGGUGAGGGCAGGUUCAACAUGGCCUACCUCUUCCUUUUCUUUGGCUACCUUGCCAUUCUCUUUUGCGAACAAAUCCUCACAGUCGACGACGGCUUGACUGGGCACUCACAUGGGCACAGUGCGGGUCACGGGCUUCCAGAAGCCGAAGGAGGCCGAGGGAGCGGCGCGAGCAUUUCUUGCUCCAGACAAGUGAGUGCCGACAGGAGGUCGGAUCUGGUUCCCUACGAGUCGGGAAGCCACGGCCGCGAGCGGGAGGGAGAGAGACCGGCCGUUACGCCGUGUCCCUCAGAUCCCAGGGAUCCCACAGAGGGCAUAACCGAAUUCAGCAGCACCAUCGUAACAGCGAGUGGCUGCACACUGGGCGAAGACAAGGGAAGAGAAGACCCUGAAGAUGAGCACCGUGGACAGAAAGAGGGAUGCCAACACGACGACGCGUCGAAGGAAGGCUGUACUUCAGAGGACACUCCCCCAACACAGGAGAGUGAGCAGAAAGUCUCCUCGUGUCCCACUGAAGAGCGAAUUGCGAAGCGAAAGAUGAACAGAAUCGUGCCGGAAAAGCAGGAAGAAAGAAGUAUGGCAGACCUGGAGGCAGGGUCCUGUGAACACGGACAACCGAAUAGUGGCUGCCGCCUCACCUCAGAAGUAAAAUUCGACGGAACUUCAUUCUUCUUGAUGGUUGCGCUCGCUAUUCAUGGACUAUUCGAAGGAAUGAUCGUUGGCGCGGAGUCGAAUGUGAUUUCCGUGUGGGUCGUGACAAGUGUCAUUGCCGGCCACAAAUGGGCAGAAUCACUCAUGCUCAUGUCUCAGUUCAUUGCCCGUGGAGUGGCGGCACGGUGGAGCUGGGUUCUGAUGGGAGCUUUUGUGGCCUCCUCCCCAAUCGGCGUUUUGAUUGGCGUCGCUCUGCGCAGUGAAGGCGCUCUCUGUUCUGGUGUCGCAAAUGCCCUGGGUGCAGGAACCCUCCUCUACGUGGCUGCCGAGACGUCAACGAGCGUCUUCACCGGGUCCCGCGGAGCACGCGUCGGGCAGCUCCUGAUCUACUGCCUAGGGGCCAGCAUGGUACUCGGUCUUACCCUGGUGGAUCUGGCUCUAGACGCUUGAACUGUUGCACAACCUACAGGAACAAAGGACGUUUUUCAGGUGCCUUCCGGAUCCUGUUCCUCGCGAGAGGAGUAGAGAAUUCCUUGCUGGGCAGGCAGGCCGAUACACGGAAAAGGUUAAGUUGUCGCUGUCGAUGGGAAAGCGAAGAUGUGGGGGAGGUGCCAGAACGCUUUUCGGACUGUGUUUGGAUUUCAAAUGAACUUCGAUUUCGUCCCAGCUGCAUCAGUGCGGCCGCUAUUGCGAAGCCGAGAAUACCUGUUGGGACCGGACACGAAGGCGUCACCAUUCAAGCAAAUGCGGCGACCUAGGCGUAGAUUCUUGUGGCUUGGUACCUUACCAGACCGGAGAAACCCUGCGUUUCACUCGGGAAAUAUUUCGCGGAGUAGGUUUUGCUCCCGUUGGGAAAGCUUUUGCGGAGGACGACCUUUUCUCCGUUCAAUGACAAUUUCGGGGAGAGGAUGAUGCAGGCCUUACCGGACGCGAACGCGCUGCUUGGCGUGGGGUUUCCCUGCUUAAGGUGUGUUGAAGUUGGGGAAGCGUGGGACGCCGCCGAGGAAGUAUAAAUUUUGUGCCGUUUGGUGCCACUGUGGCUGGACCGACGUAGGGCAAAUGCGAUCACGUGCGAGUUUAACCGGGCAACCCUGCCCUGCAGGCAGUUGGGGAAGCACAUCUGUGCCUUCGUAGGUGACCGAAGUUUACGGCCUGGUGCUGUCGUGAUGCCAGGACUAUGAGCCGCACACACUCAUUUUCGGAGCUAGCAGGAGUGGAACGUUAAGCAUUUGUAAAACGUAAGGCUACGCGUGGAGAGCUGACGGGACGGCACUGACGUUGGUACUCAGGUUUAGGAUAUGGAAGGGAAUUUGGCAUCUCUUUGUUCUUUAGAGUUGCGGCGCAGACAAAAGGUACGAAGGGGAAAGCUGAGUUCCGUCAUCACGUCUUCACCGUUGGUAGGUCCUGCUGUGGAUCCCCCCCUCGGUUCCAUGUUGCGUUUAAGGCAGUCGCGGUCUUGUUUUAGCGCUGCCUCCGUGUCAGGGUAGACGAGAGAAAAGGCGUAUGAUGAAUAUGAGAUUGGGGAAAUAAUUCUGCUGGUGACCCUUGAUGGGACGUGGUAUAUGUCAUUGCAAGCUUCCGCUGGAAACGUCUCGCCGUUCACCUUCUGACCCUGCGGAUCGAAGCAAGCAACGGUUACCUGCCAUUUAGCAAACCCUGGCGAAAUGCGUAUCAUCCCAAGAGCAUUCGUUGUCACGGAGCUUUUGAGAUAGCCAGCACCCCUGCGGUGCCCACACUUCAGUGAGAAGCUUCGCCUGUUUUUGAGAGCUCAGUCUUGCAAAUUUUCCGCGACUAGAGGCGCAAUGGAGGCAGGGCGCGAGCCUGACCGGGAGAGGUGCGAAACAAAGACAAAGCACUGUCAAUACCAUUGUUUUCAGAGUGGUUUUCAAGAAGACUGAGCACCCACCCGUAAUCUACCACGUAUGUUAACCCCUCCCGGAAGGUGGAUUGUUCCUGACCUUACGUGAUUUUGCUGUUCUCUGGUCGGGCGCUUUCGAUUUUGCUGCCGGUUCUUUUCAGGCAGACUGUCGGAUGUAUAAUGUGAAAGAGAUCUGAAGGGAAAAAACGUUUGUUUUUGCGUCCGAGGUGCGAAGACACACCGGUCGGGACACUUAAUGAAGAAGGAGGAACCAAACGUAUACGGAUAUUUUUUUGUGGUCGCUGUUAGGCCACCAUGGCAGCCGGUGCAAGGCAGAUGUUUGUUCUGGACCGAUUUUUUCGACUAUCGAAAGUGCAGCUCCGGGGCGUUGCGAGUGCUCCGGAGAGUCUGUGUCGUCCUGUGGUCGAACCAGCUGCCACGAAUUUCCAGGACAUGGGGAUUGAGCAAUCUGCAGUUCCGAAUUCGGGAGAUGUUGUUCUAUCUUCCAGGGAUGUAUCAGCUCAUUUUUUCGGUCACCCUCCGCAGUCGUCAGCGCGUGGCUGUGCAGCUUGUUUUCGACGCUAAUUCUUGUUAUAUAAAGCUGAGUAAAAGUCAAACGUAUCCGUACACGUUUGUGUAUUGUCCUCAUUUUGUGUUUUUUAUGCUCCGUUUUGCGUUUUUCCCGGACACUCACACACACGAGUCUUUUCGUGAACUUAGAGAUUCAAUCGAUGGC